AUGCGUCCUUCUGCCGCCCGCCUUGCCGCCCGGAUUUCCGCCGGCAAUCCGCUGCGCCUCCGCUCUCCGCCCCGCGCGCUUGCCCGUUUUCCGCCGGAGUCACAGCAGCAAGUAGCACCCCCACCUCACUGCCAUCUGUUCGCUUUGCUCGCAACUGCAGCUGCAGCUGCCGCUGUCGCGCCGCUCUUGGCGCGGCGAGGCACUUGCGCCUGCGCGGGGAAAGGUGCGCCGCUGCCACUGCUCCUGCCACGUGGCGUGCCCUUCUCAUCCCUCGUCCAGCUGUCGCCGCGCCAUUUGCAGGGGCCAAUCGUGGUGGCGACGCACAACUACCACCUGGACGAUGUGCUGGCACAGGUCCCCCCUGUGCGCCACAGCGACCUGGUGCUGGUGCAGAACGGCCUGCUGGACGGCCGUUGGUGGAGGAGAGAGCAGCAGAAGGAGCAGCGGAAAUCCCAGAUUCCGCCAUGCCACUCAGGCGCUUCAGAUAUAGGCGGUACUUCUGGGAAGAGGGGGUGUUACGUAGUCUCCCUACUUCCCCAACUCCCUCCCCCCUUCUUUCCCAACUCCCUCCCCCCCAUCUUUCCCAACUCCCUCCCCCCAUCUUUCCCAACUCCCUCCUCCCUUCUUUCCCAACUCCCUCCCCCCUUCUUCCCCAACUCCCUCCCCCCUUCUUUCCCAAGGAAAUGCAGAUAA